CAAUUCCUUUUAAGCAAAAUGUGAGGCCAACAUAGAAAUGACAUAUACAACACUGGCGAAAAUUUUGUGAAAAGGAUGACAGAAAACCUCUACUCGAGUUGCUGGACUCUUUUAUUGCUAAUGAGCGACAUAAGAAUCCCCAUGUAAACGCCAUCUUAUAUGGAAAUAAAUUAGAAAUGCGUCGACGAGCUGGACUAGGAGCCAUACAACAGCAGCAAUUGGCUGCUGAAAAAUAUAAAGACAAAGGCAGUGAUAUACAGGAAUCACAAUUUGAACAAAUGUCCAAACAAAUGGAAGUUUUUCGUUUAAAACUGGAAGAAUUUGCUGUAAAACACAAGACAGACAUUCGCAAGAACUCCCAGUUUCGUAAACAAUUCCAGGAAAUGUGCGCAGCAAUAGGUGUGGAUCCCCUUGCUACAGGCAAAGGCUUUUGGAGCGUACUUGGAAUGGGCGACUUUUAUUACGAGUUAAGCGUGCAGGUCGUUGAAGUUUGUUUAGCAGCCAAUCAUAAAACCGGUGGAUUAAUGGAAUUAAAUGAACUGCGUAGGCGGCUUAUAGCUGCACGAGGUCAGAGUGCAGUACAUCAAGAGAUCACAAACGAAGACAUUUUGAUGGCAGCAAAAAAAUUAAGUAUAUUUGGGAAUGGUUUUGCGGUAUAUAAAGUGGGCAAGGGGAAAUACAUGGUGCAAUCAAUACCAGGUGAACUGAGUAUGGAUGAAACUAAAAUCCUAACGGCUGCUUCCAAUACAGAAAAGGGUUACGUAACACUGAAAAUGCUAACUGAGGAACUGGGAUGGAGUGAUUUCCGCGCAAAGCAAUCGCUCGAUAAAACAGUAAGUGAAGGUUUAUGCUGGGUAGACGAGCAGGAUGAAGAAAAUAGCCAUUUGAGUUAUUGGUUUCCAAGUUUAUUUCCUGGACGAUAUGCGCAAUCAAUUUAAUUAUUUAUUUUAUUUUAUUGAUCAUAAAUGCAUAUAUCGUAACCAUUAAAUGUAGAUAUUCACGUAUAUUUAGCACAUUAUUGAAUAUGUAUGUAUAUAAAAGUAUAAAAUAUAUACAGUUCUGGUUAGUUCACUUAUAAAUUUGUAAAGCUUAAAAAUAUUGUGGUUUAAUAUAAAAGAAUACAUACAAUUAAAUAUAAAUUUGUAUACGUUUUAUUCAUAACUUGAAAUAAAUAUUAUUUAUCCUCUGAAUUUAAAUGUUA